AUGGCGGGGGGCUCUGCCUCUAUGCCGUGGGGAAAUGUUUCAUCUAAAGCUCAGGACCAAAAUAAAGGUUUUUUCAACUUAGAUGCUGAGGAGGCUUCACCUUCUAAAUCUCGAUCGUUUAAAGAUGUACUGACUUGUUCAUCAGGUGAUACCUUACCUUCUCUUACCCCUUCAACGUUUAACGGAGUUCCUGCUGUUUUGAUUUCGGAUGAUGAUGUCCUUAAACUUGCUUCACCUUUUCGUUUCACUCUUGUGGGAAAAUUUGGCGUUAGAUGCCCAAAUCUUGAUGCGAUUAGAUCGUUUUUUGGUAAUCUCAAGCUUUCGGGUUUCUACUCUGUUGGUUUAUUGGAUUCAAAGCACGUUGCAAUACAACUUUCUAAUGACUUGGAUUACAGUCGGAUUUUUGCGAGAAGAUCUUAUUUUAUUUUCAAUUGUCAUAUGCGGAUUUUAAAGUGGACACCUUUUUUCGAUGUUAAGGAGGAAUCUCCGAUUGUUCCUAUUUGGGUCUCUUUUCUGAAUCUUAGACUGCAUUUUUUCAAUCCUAAGGUUUUGCAUGCUUUAGCUCACGGUCAUGCUGUCUCGGAAUGUUUCAAACUUCAUCCGGAACUAAAAGUUAAAUCCAACACCUCCAUUGGAGUGGCGGGUAUUAAGGAAACGACUAUUGAAGAUCCUGUAAUUGAAAAUCCUGAAACUGAGAAUACGUUAACUAAUGUUGCUGGCAAUUCCAAUGUUGAGAGGGUUGGAAGUGAAACUUUAAAAGUUCCGGAAAGUGUGGAUACUCCUACUACUUCCCCUGUUAAAACUUUAACUGUUAAAGACAAGUCUUUUGUUGAGAAUGGAGAAAUUUCUAAUAUAUUUAUCUAUGUUGAUUCUAUGCUUAAUAAUUCUACUCCCCCACUUACUUUGGUUAAUACCGAGAACAUUGAUGAUGAUCCUAGCGAAGAUCAAGAGAAGGGAGAAUAUGUUCCAGGACAGACCUUGCCGGAUUCGAUGAAAAAGGGUAAUCACAAUAAAAAUGGGGAAGGUCAGUCUUCUGCUACUUUUUCUGAUAAAGGCAAAUAUACUGAGGAAGAAUGGAUUUCUAAAUCAGGUAUUGGUGGUUCUGAUUCUAAAAAUCGGGUUAGGAAUUUAUGUCGGGUUCAUAAUAUUUCAUUUCUGGUUCUGCUUGAGCCUUUUAUUUCUUUUGAUAAAUUGACGUCUACUGCUGCUAGUUUAGGUUUUUCUGGUAGUUUUUCUAAUUGCUCUAAUAAGAUCUGGAUUAUGUGGAAAAAUCAUUUUAAUGUUGCUGUGAUUUCUGACUUUCAACAAGUGGUUAAUGUGCAAAUAUCUUUUAACCAGUUUAAUUUUUAUACUUCUUCGGUUUAUGCUUCCUCUACUAUAAAUGGUCGUAUCCCUCUUUGGGAAUGUUUAACUGAUUUUGCUCAUCUGAUUGAUGGUCCUUGGUGUGUUGGGGGUGAUUUUAAUAUUAUCUCUAAUGUUAGUGAAAGAACAGGGGGUAAUCCUCCUAAUAUGAAUGCUAUGGAUGAUUUUAAUCAAGUUAUUUCUUCUUGUAAUCUUACUGAUAUUGGUUUCUCUGGCAGCUCUUUUACUUGGAAUAGAAAUAACAUGUGGCAAAGACUUGACAGGUUACUUUUCAAUAAUGAUUGGAUUAGCAAAUUCAAUAUGACUAGGGUUCAACAUUUGAGCCGCACUCUCUCCGACCAUUCGCCCUUGCUUCUUUUUAUAUCUAAUAGUUUUUUGACGGGUCCUGUGGCUUUUAGAUUUCAAAAUAUGUGGAUCAAGCAUGUUGGGUUUUUUAAUGUUGUGUCUGAAAACUGGAAUGCUUUGGUUUUUCCUGAUAAUAAUAUUCAUGGUAUGCAUAGAUUAUGGGCUAAAUUAAGUAGAUUGAAACAACUGUUAAGAUGGUGGAAUAAGCAUGUUUUUAAAAACAUCUUUGAAAAUAUCAAGGAAGCCGAGGAGAAAGUUUUAAUUGCGGAUAACCUUUUUCUGGAAAUUCCUUCAUCUGAAAAUAUGGCUAAUCUUGAUAAUAGUAAACUCCUUCUUUUUAAUUUGCAAAACCAGGAAGAGAUUUUUUGGAAACAGAAGGCUUCUAACUCUAUUUUGUUGGAAGGUGAUCGGAAUACUUCCUUUUUACAUGCUUUAGUCAACAAAAACCGUAUAAAAAGCUACAUUCACAAGCUGACUGAUGAGCAUGGUGUUGUUUAUGAUAAUGUUGAUACUAUUGUUAACUCUGGAGUGGACUAUUUCUAUAAUAUUUUUAAUGUCGUCAAGCCUGUUUCUUCCAUUAUUAACACUAAUGUGAUUCCUAAUAUUUUGGAUGAGAAUGAUAAUAGUUUCCUUACUCAAUUACCCAAUGAAGAAGAAAUUUGGAAUACUAUCAAAGGUAUGAAUGUUGAGUCGGUUGCCGACCCUGAUGAUUAUACUACUAAAUUUUUUGUGAAAACUUGGGAUAUCAUUAAAGCUGAUAUGGUGGAUGUUGUUCAUGAUUUUUUCAAGGGUAAGCCUUAUCCCAAAGCUUUUUCUUGCACUAAUAUUGUUCUCAUCCCCAAGAAAGAUAACAUUACUUUCUGGAAGGAUUUCAUACCUAUUAGUCUUUACGGGGUUUGUUAA